AUGAAGGUCCUUGCAGCUGUUCGAAUACAUCGAAAGAACGUCAAAGAACUCUCAUCGCCGGUAGAUCUAUCGACAUUAAAGAAACUGGUGCUCUCUGCUCCUUCAUAUUGUGAUCAAGUGGCAAUCGCCUUUCCAGCCGAUGAUUUGAAUCUAACCAAUGCUUUAAACGCAGAAUUUGGAGCUGUAAGCCACAUAUCGCUAGUUCCAGUAUCAGAUUGGGGCAAUUUCAUCCCAGCUUUGAAUGCACUGCUACUGUUUGCUGCUGCAAAAAACUUUGACUGUAUACUGUACCAGUCUGUUGAAGCAGUAGCUACACGGGAGAUAGUAGAUGUCUUGAUAUCUCACCUGUCGGAAGACACACUCGUGGUUGGAAAGUGCUUCAAGGAUCACCGUUUUCAACCACCAUCACAGCCGUUGGAUGGCGUCACGGCCCCAUGGAAUACUCUGGCCAUAUGGUCGGUCAAGAAGCUUGCUCUGACUGGAUUCCUACUUGUGGCUGAAGGAUUCCAUGACGUUGCUGGCGGCGUCGAGGAAGUCUCUGUGAUCGCACUGCUACAAACAAUACUGCCUGAUUCUUCAAAAGCCAAGUUGAUUCGCAUGAAGCAGGAUGCUAUAGGAGACGGUUGGAUUACCGAUUGGACUGAUGCUGGACGCAAAGAGUGGCAUACUCAAAAGAUGGCAUCAAAACUCAGCAGACCUGCUGCCCAUCUAAAGCUCUUACAUCUCACUGGACACGGCAUAGUAGACCACAUAGAGCAUUAA